AUGAAUAACCAUAAAAGUUUAUAUCUUCAAAACAACGGACAAAACUCUAACAACAUUCAAGACUUAAGACAACCCCAUCAUAAUUCCCAGCUGCACUGUCAGUUACAAGUUCCUCCGAUAUACUUCCAACCUCACAUCAUGCAGCAAAAAACAGUCUUCGUGCCCCCACAAGUUAGUGAACAAAGAUAUUUUAAUGGACAGUACCUUCAAGGAUACUACCUCAUCCAACAUCAAAAUCCAGCAGGAGGGUUUAUUUUUACGGUGCAACAACAGAAGCAGUUAACUCCAGAAGAAGCCCCGGUGACAAAUGGUCAACAAGUGCAACCUGCAGGAAACAAUAACCCUGUGAUUACUGAGGAUAAUCAACGAAACCAACUACAAGUAAAUUCAAAGAAGCAGAAGCUUUCGAAUCCUCAAAAAACGAUGGAACAACAACAUAAGCAGUUAACUCCAGAAGCCCCGGUGACAAAUGGUCAACAAGUGCAACCUGCGAUUACUGAGGAUAAUCAACGAAACCAACUACAACAAGUAAAUUCAAAGAAGCGGAAGCGUUCGAAUCCCCAAAAAACGGUGGAACAACAACAACAGAAGCAGUUAAGUCCAGAAGGAGUCCCGUUGACAAGUGGUCAACAAAUGCAACCUCCAGUAACCAAUAAUCUUGGAGUUACUAAGAAUAAUCAAAGAACACAACAAGUAAAUUCAAAGAAGCGGAAGCUUUCGAAUGAAUUGAUUCAGAAUGAUCAAAGACUGCAACAACAGGUAGUUAAGACGAAGCAACGGCAGCGGUCGCCUUUGCUGGUUCCUGCACGCCGACAAGAAGAUUUUUUUAAGAAUUAUGGAUGUGAUAUUUGUUUGAUGCGUUUCGACAAAUUGUCUGAGAAAACUGUACACAUGGAUUCAGUUCAUCCUAAUAUUCAAGGACAAUUUAUAUUCCCAUUGCUUUUUUGUUUUCAUCUGCAAGCCUCUAACGAGCAGCAACAAUCGAGUCCACAAGAAGUACCAUUACUCUCAGCUUUUCAACAGGAAGCUUCUGAUACUAACAACAAACAGCUGCAGUCGGGCUGCUCCAGUGGUCAACAAGAGAAGCAGCGGGCUCCAGUCCAAGAAGAAUUGUGUCUUCCAGAACAGUCGCAGCAGCUAACUCCAGGACAAACCUUGACAGAUGACCCACAAAUGGAAGCUACAAGCGCGUUGAAUCCUAACAAUCAGCAACAAUUGAGUUGGAAAAAGGAAGAAGUUGUUGUGCCGUUGGGUCAGCCUGAACAAAAAAAGGACACAACCCAAAACACGGAACAACAUCAGCAACUGCCACCACAGAAAUCCGCACUGAAAAUAUACAAGUGUGAUUACUGUACAAGACGUUUCUCUAAGAUGUGCUACAAAAAGCAGCACAUGAACGACGUACAUAAUGAGGAAAAUAAAAUUAAAUGUGUGACUUGUGGUAAGAAGUUCGAUACGGAAGAGAAGCGUGAUAGACACGCUUUGUGGCAUACGACAGAAAAGGACACAUAA